ACCGAGACUGAGUUAGCUUUAGAGACAUUAAAUAGAGAUAGUGAUAGACCUGACUUAGUCGUAGCAAGAGAAGAUUUAUUUUAAUCAUUUUAUUUGACACUCAGACUUGGAUUUCACAAUAAAAUAUAACUAUUAACUAUUUAUUAAGUGUAAACUGAUAUUAUAUUAUAUGGUACCAACUUUCAGUAAGUUUCAUGACACGCCAUUUCAUUUUCACAGAUCAGGUGACUUGUGCCCAUGAAAGUAAUUGCAAACAACUACAACAAGUAUUAGUAUAUCGCCAACUGAAAUUCUAAUUCCACGUUUUUUUAGGAAUAAAAAGCAACUAAUUUUAUUGAAAUGUUUCCUGUACAAAGAAUGAAAUUACAUCAUCCACCUUUGACUGAGGUUGCAGAAGGUAAAUAAAUAGCUAUUUUUGUUCCAUAUUUAAUGUUAUAAUUUAUUUAAUUAAUGUAGAUCUAGGCUAGGUUAAAUUAUUACUUAUUACGGUUAAUAACCAAGUAGGGCUAAGGCAAGGUAUACCCGGUAUCUAAUUUUGCUUUUGAAAGGUGUUCUGUCUCUCCUUCAUUAAUUUACUUGAGGACAAUAUUUAUUAAUCUAUUUAGUAAUUAAUUUUAAAAACAACAGUUAAAUUAUAAAAAAAAAAAAAACAAGUAGUCUUUUAGGCAUAUGCCUAUAUGAUAAAUGUCUAUAUAGGCCUAUUAUUUAUAAUAUGUUUAUAAAUAUAUUAUAUCUUUGUUUAUGUACUUUUCAGUGCUAAGGAAAGGUUUGGAAAAGAAUUUCAGUUCUGUUGAAGUAAAUGUUGCAGACUGUCCAGACCUGACUAAACUACCUUUUGAUUUGGCAGACACAGGUACAGUAAACAUUUUUUUACUCCAAAGUUCUUACAGGGAUUUUUUUUCUUAAAUAUAUCACUUAGGCGUAAUUCUGGCUUUCAUUACUCUAUUAAUAUACUACUAUCCCAGCUUCAGCUACUAUUGUUUUAUUGCAUACACCUUUGCACUAAGGUUCAAGGACAAUUUUUAAAACAUAUUUGGAACUGUUUCGUACUGUUAAAAAGGUAUUUAUUUUUAAAAAUAAAAUGUUACAGUUAUUUAUAAUAAUGGCAUUAAGGCAGGCUAACUAAAAUCAAGUUGAUUUAUAUACAUCAUCAAAUGCAGAGAAUUUAUUCAAUAUCUAUACCAUGAAAAGAAUUUUUAACACACGGUUAAACAUUGACAGUUGAAUAAUUUGCAGUAAUAAUGGUUUUACAUGAAAAUAUUCAUGUUGUGUAUUUAGGCUUAUUUCUCAUAAUUUUGUAUUUAUCAAAUAUGUGACAGUUAAAAUAAAAUAAUAAGUUACUUCUUGAAUGACAUUAUUUAAUGACAUAAAGAGGUCACCUACAUUUAUAAGUUUUAUGGAUGUGUUAUGCCUUUUCGACCUCAGAGAUAACAUAAGUUAAAAGGGUAAGAGUACUAUGGUACUUAUUUUUUUUUUUCCUUGUGAGUUGAAUUGACUGUUGAAUAACACAGUGCUUGGCAUAGUUAGUUCAUGACUUAUUAUUAUCAAAUCAACUUACCACUGUCAUACUUUUUAAAAGGGGAAAUGGUUAUAAAAAGUGUAAGAUGAAAAAAAGACACCUUCCAACAACUUUGCCUGCAUUGCUCAUUCAGUUGAUCCUUAUGUGAAGGAUAGUCAAAUUCCACAAAGGAUUCAUGUUGCCUAAUUUUCCUUAAUGAUUAAUGACUUUCUCUAUAACAACAGGAUUAUAUUAGGAAAUAAGUUUAUUUUUACAUUUUAAAAUAAAAUUAGGUAUCUCUGGUCAGCCCCGCAUCGUGGAUGUUGGUGGAGUGGACUACCUCAAGCCACUACCACAGAAAAAUAAGGCAAAUGAAUAUCUUAUUUAUCUGUUUAAAUAAAUCCUAAAACUUGUGAUUCAAGGUAUACAAAUAUUUGUGUUUAAAUAGACAAUUAGAGUAUGUUAGUUAAUACAAAAAUAAUAUUUAAAUAUUAAAAAAUUGUAGAAAUAAAAGUUAGAAACUGAUCACCUGUGUAAAUGUUGAGAGAUCUAAGGGAAUGAUAAAACUUUUCUGUGACCUUCAUUUACUUUUUUAUUUAAAUUCAAUUGGUUUAUGAACGGAUAAAACAUUUUUGGAGCCAUUAAAUAAUAUAAGAAAGUUUUUUAAAAAAUAACAAUCUUUUGGCUUACCAAUAUAUUAAAUAUCAUAUGUUUUAUAAUUUUAAUCAAAUUUUUAAACUUUAAAUUAAUAAGUUCUGAUUUUUUAAAAUUAUUGCUUUAUAUAGUCAUACCUGAAAUUGUAUUUUGCAUAUAAGAUUGUUUUUAAAAUUGUCAUAUAAUUUAGGGACCACACAUAGAAUGAUGUCAUGCAUCUAGGGAAGGGGAGGGGAUCACAUAUUUGUAAUAAGGGUGUAUAGCUUUAUGUUACAAAUUUGUGAUGAUGAGGGGAGGUUAAAAAAUAUGCCUUAAUAAGGUGACAUCAUUUAUGGAUGGCCCCUUAAAACCAAACUUUGCUUCUAUACUAAUAAAUAUUAAAAGUCAUUACGAAUCUCAUAUACCACUACAUUUUCAUACUAAUUUUAAAAGAUUUCACAUCAGCUAAUUGUAUGAAAGCAAACACAUUUUUAUCAGUGUAAGUUCAUUAGCCAAUACAUAAUUUGUUCUUAAGAUAUUAUAGCAGCCAGCCCAUGCUAAAAAAAUAAUAUGAAUGUUACAAUAUAAAACAUAAUCUUUGUUGGCAAUUGUAAACAUACAUAUAUAUAUUUUUUAAAUAGAUAUAUGAUUUUAAAACCAUUGCUGAGCUCUCAGAACUGCCAGACUCUUUUAUAAUGGGAGCGGGUGCUGGGCCUCAUCACAAAGCUAAGGUCAACUGUGAGUUGAUGUGCAAUGCUAAGCUGGGUCAGAAUGCAGUCAAUAAAACUAGGAUAGCCAAAGUUAAUGAGAAGGUGAGAUGGAGUGUCAAGAUUAAUUUUCUGUGCACAACCUUAAAAAAUUAUUAUUUAAAAAAAAAAUUGUUUCACUUGAAAUAUUUAAUGUAGAAAUUACAUUUUUAAGGUGUGUAGUUUUGUUUUACUAUUACCUUUUUCUUGACUUUAUGAAGAAAACUACUUUGAUAUUUUAUCAUUAAUAAAACUGAAGAUCAUUUAAAGUAUAUGGUUCAGAUUUAAAUGCUUUCUUAAAAUAUUUGAAAUUUAAAAAAAAAAAUAUUAUUCCAGAUAUAUUGAAAGAUAACUUUUAUAUGUUCAAAAAGCAUUGCAUUACUGUUGUUGUUUCUUUUCAAUUUUGUUAAUACUUCAUUUAUGUAGCAGGAUAUUCAUGGUAACUGUUUUUUUUAAAAUUAGAACUUGUUUGCAAGUUGAAAGAAUUAAAUUAGUUUUAAUCUGUUUUCCAGAAUGGUUCUUAUAUAUUAGAGGAGGAUUCUUCAGGAGAAUUCAGCCUAAUGGGAAACUUUCUUAUUAGUGAAGGAAAACCAGGAAAGGUAAUUUUUAAAAAAUCAGGUACCAUAGUCCAUAAUUUACUUAAAAACAACAAGUUACAUCGUAGACCCUAUGACAUAGUGGUAAUUUUGUCUGCCUUUCAUUGGAGAGGAAGCAAGUUCAAAUCCGUCCAGGGUUGUCUCCAGCUAUCAGUAACUAUUCUUCGGGGAGUGAAACAACCUCAAUCAGCGAAGUUGGAGCACAGCAGUUUAUCAAAAUUCUACUGAAGAAUGCCGGUAGGCUUAACAGUAAAGUCACUGCUCUUGGAAUUAAAAUCCAGAACAAACAAAAAUAAACAGAGGCUCUAGUCAUGUUAUCUUAGAGUAGCAGCUAUAAUUUUCAGUAAAGGAAAAGCAUUUGUACACAGAGCAAAAUUUAGAAUUAUUAAUAAUAAUAACGUUUAUUUGAAAAUCACGCUUCAUCCCCAAAGGCUCGAAGCGCGUUAGAAAGUCAACCACAUUGAAAAAGAAAUGAACAAGUAUAUCUAUAUUAUACCACAGUGAAAUACAAAAUGCAACAUACAAAGACUAAAUACGAGAAUACCCAUUCUAAGUCUUUCAUCCCUUGCAACCAUAAAUAACACAGACCGAUAUAAAUCUAGGAGAUAAUAGCUAGCUUGAAAAGAUGGUAGACAACAUCACUCCAGCAGGUGUUUGGGAAAUAGAUGUGUUUUCAAAUCGGUUUUGAAAGACUCCGGUGUCUGUCUGUUUCUAAAAGCGACAGGAAGUGUGUUCCGAAUUGUUGUAUCAGCAAAUGCGAAAGUGCGCCUUCUGUAAAUCUCAAGACGAACAUGUGGUAUUGAGAGUUUGCCACCAUCAGAUGAGCGGAGUUGUCUAGUGGGUACAUGAGUUGUCAUGAGCGCUUUGAGAUAGGACGGUUCCAGGUCAUGCAAGCAGCGGCAGCACAGAGUUGCAAUUUUGUACACUAUGCGAGCGCGGACCGGCAGCCAAUGCAACUCUCUCAGAAGUGUUUUAGCAUGGUCAAUAUUGCGUUUGCGAGAAACAAUGCGAGCCGCAUUAUUGAGUCCUCUACGAAAAAUUUACAACCAAAAAAUGUCACUUUUGAGGGGUGUACAUUGUUUUUAAUGUAGGAUUAAAUUUGAAUUAACAGAAAAGAAUAAAAGUUAUAAGUAAAUUUUAUAUUUCAUUUUAAUGCAUGCUUUCCUGAUUUUAAACUUAAUAAUUUUAAUAACAUUUUCUAGCUUUCAGUUUGUAAAGAAAAUAAUAUUUUUCAUGGGCUUAAUUUUUUUAUACUUUUUAUAAGUUACACAAUUCAUUUCUCUAACCACAGGUUCUUGAAAUUAAAGCGAAAAAUAGGAUAGGGGGAGAGAAUUUUGUUUCAUGUCUUCAUAAAACUUUGACUGCCCAUUAUGGGGAUCAAGCUGUUGGUCUAGGAGGCACCUUUCUUCUUCAGACUGGCAAAGCCAGCAUACAUGUGAUGGUAUGUAUACAUCUUCAUGAAUAUCAUUUUUUUUUCUGUCUAAAAAACACUCCUUUUAAUAUAAUAUGGCUUGUUGUAGACUUGUGGUGAUUGCUAGAGUUAUGUCCCUCAUUAACAAAUGGAAUAGCAAGUAUAUUUUAUAUUAUAAAAUAAUUCUAGAAAGACUAAUCAACCUUUAUAAAGGGAAAUAUGUAGCAUAAGGUAAAAAAUAUUUAUGAAAAUUCCUAAUGUUUAUAUAAAAACAAAUCUCGCAGUCUUUGACUGAAACAACUUGAUAAGUUAAUGUAUAUUUACCGGCUGACUGGUUAAUCUUAUGAUCAAGGCCCACCAUUUUUCUUAUUUUACCUCUUAAAAUCAAUGUGUCUUUUACUGUUGAUUUUAACUAACAUUUUUUAUAAUCUUAUGGUGAAUAUUGCAGCCAGACUUUUCUGCUACACCAAUUAUCACAGAUGCAGAAACAGAUCAUUGGCUCAAGUUCUAUGAGAUGGAUGCUCCGUUGAUCCAUGUGGGUGAAAUAGUGUCAGCUGAUCCAGAGGUUAGUGUAUAUACCAGACCUGUUUACUCUUACGAUUUCGGCGUACAAUGUACGAUUUUGAGGUGUAUACAUUAUAUAUCCUGUAAUGUUUAUUUUUUUACUAUUAUGAUAAUGUAUUGAAUGAUUUUGUGAUGAUAUUGUACGAUUUUAAGAGUUUGAGGGUAAACAGGUCUGAUAUACUCCUGUGAGGACUGUCGAUAAAUAUUUUAAUAAUUUUUAUCACAUCACUGACAUCACUGUAUUAAAAAAUGAAUUUCAGCAGAAUCUAUAAAUAAUUAUUGAAAUCACAAUUUAAAUAUAUUAGAAGGCCAUUUAUCUUAAUGUUUAAAAUAUAGAGUUAAGUAAUGUAUAAAUUCUAGUUUGUCAAAAUUGCUUGAAAAAAUUAUGUAUGGUUUUAUAACUAGCAUCUAUAAUAACCAGCACUUAUGAGAAAUUUAGGUACCAAAUACUAGCAAAUAUUUCAGAAUGUUGUAUUAUGUAAAGUUAAUUAAACUUAAUAAAUGAGGAUCUUAAAAAUGUAAAAUAAAUCUUUGAUGACAUAUUAUAUAAAGACAGAGGAUACAAAUUUUUGUCUAACACUGAAUAAUUAUGUUCCAGAAACUCCAUCUCCGCCAAGAACAUUUCCACUGUUUUAGCCAUCAUGGACAAGGAGGACAUUACCACUAUGAUACAACACCCAAUGAUGCAUCUUAUCUGGCAUAUUUCAAUGUGGCUGAAUCUCUUUACCGCAUCGAUCUGCCAGAUAAUAGAAAUUUCGUUUUUUGAAUUGAACUGAAAGUAAAAUAUCUUUUGGAAGUAUUUCUGAUCUUAUGAAUAACUUUUUUCGUGCAAGGAAAAUAAUUCUUAAAAAUCAACUCAUUCAUAAACCAAAAUAUCCUUUUAAACAUCAGUAAAAAUAAGAUCCUCUAGUCAUUUUACAAUCAUGCAUUGUAUUUGUAUUGUUUUAUAAACUGUUGUUCUUUUUAAAGUAACUUGAUUUAUUUAAUCACAAUAUAUAAACAGAUUUUCACAUUUUUAUUUCUAAGUCACAGAUUUAGAGAUUUCCAUUCUUAUUCUCUACUUACAAGUGUUACAUUUACUUUUCUUUGUGUCUCAUUCUUUUAUUUACAUUAAAAUCUCUUGUUAUAUUUUUUGAAACAUGCUUUUUACUGCAUUGUUCCUCCAAAUUGGUCAAAACUUUAUAUACUUUGAUGUCACUGCACAAGACUAGUGUUGUGCAGUAUUAACAUUUUUUUUUUCCAAAAUGGAAACAGUAUUAAAUAUUGUGUAAUUUAAUCAGAAACAUUUAGUCAAGAUUAAUUGACCUACUGUAUUGCUACAUUCUUACAAUGAUGAUAAUAAAAAUAUGAAGUGUUUAAAUAUUAAUUAGGGUAAUCAUUUAUGUUUUUUUUUAAAAAUCCAGUGCAUUCUACCUGAUUACGAGAAUUAUAUAUGCUUACAUUAAAAUUAAUAUCAAUUCUUAUUUUGCAUCAAUUAUUUCUUUAAAAAGGUGGCAAGUGUCAUAAAAACCUUUGAAUCCAACAAAUUCAUUAUUGUUUUUCAUAUCACAUUAACAUUUCUGCUGUUGCUCUACUGAUAUCAAUUUAUAUUUGUUCCACUGAGAUUAAAUUUCUUGUUGUAUUCAAUAAUGAAAUAAAAUUUAUUAUAUACACCAUA